GAAUCAAUUGUUCUUCGUGAUGGCAAUGACGAACUUGAUAUGAAUGGCAUGGACAAAAAUAGCAUGCUGUUUGGAGGUACAAAGGUUCUACAAGUAACUCCUCCUCAAGAAGAUAUUCUUUCUGCUCCGGAUAAUGGAUGUAUUGCCUAUGUUAUUCGCACCGGAUUUGGAACUGCUCAGGGGAAACUCGUGCGUACAAUGGUGUAUAGUGUUGAAGAUGGCCGUAAAAGGUCAAAGCUCUUGCUCGAUUGUAUUUUAAUUAUUACAUCAGUUGUACCUCCGGAAUUGCCAAUGGAACUUUCUUUGGCAGUUAACACCUCGUUGGUCGCAUUGGCUAAAUUUGGUGAGACACUAACUAUUUAUUGCACUGAACCAUUCAGGAUUCCUUUUGCCGGAAAAAUUGAUGUUUGUGCUUUCGAUAAAACUGGUACCUUAACUGGUGAAAAUCUUGAAGUUGAAGGAAUUGCUGGAAUACAUCCCGAAGAUUCAAAGAUUUUGGUAAAACCACCGGAUGCUUUACGGGAAUCAAUCCAAACUCUGGCUGCCGCACAUGCUUUAGUCAAAUUAGAUGAUGGCAUUGUCGGCGAUCCUAUGGAAAAAGCCACGUUGGAAGCGUUGGAUUGGAAACUUGGCAAAGGCGAUACUGUUAUUCCUGCGAAUCAACAAUCGCAACGUUUUCAACAAAGAUCACAAUUACAAAUUCGUCGCAGAUUUCAAUUUUCAUCCGCACUUAAGCGUAUGUCAAGUGUCUCGACAAUUCCAACAUCCCGUCUUAAAAAAACUUUUGUUGCGGUUAAAGGCGCACCCGAAACAUUGCGUAAUAUGUACGUUUAUGUACCUGACGACUAUGAAGAAACAUUCAAGUUUUUUAUGCGUAGAGGAAGUCGGGUUUUGGCUCUGGGAUACAAAUAUUUAAAAGAUAAUAUGAAUAUGGAUGAGAUUAAUGAAUUGUCACGAGAAUCUGUUGAAAGUGAAUUAACUUUUGCUGGAUUUCUUAUUUUUCAUUGUCCGCUCAAAGAUGAUGCUGUAUCUACUCUCGAGAUGCUGAAUGAGUCUUCUCAUAGGGUUAUUAUGAUCACUGGAGAUAAUCCUUUAACAGCGUGUCACGUAGCACGCGAAGUGAAAAUUCUCGAACGCGAUGUAUUAAUUCUUGAUCUUCGCGAAGAUGCCCAGAAUAAUAAUGAUCUUGUUUGGAAAUCAGUUGAUGAGAAAGUCAUUAUACCUGUCAAUCCUGCAGAACCAGUCGAUCUAUCAGUUUAUCGUGACUACGACCUAUGUAUAACAGGUGCAGCGCUAGCAUGUUAUGAAAACAAACCCUCUGUAAAAGAUCUACUAGUCCACACGUGGGUGUAUGCACGUGUUUCUCCAGGGCAAAAGGAAUUUAUAUUGACUGUCCUUAAGCAAGCUGGAUAUAUUACAUUGAUGUGUGGUGAUGGGACAAAUGAUGUUGGUGCUCUUAAGCAAGCUCAUGUCGGCGUUGCGCUUCUUGAUGGCAAACCCGAAGAUCUUAAGAAAAUUGCUGAACACCAACGAAUACAAAGACUUAAAGAUGUAUACGAAAUUGUACCUCCGGAAUUGCCAAUGGAACUUUCUUUGGCAGUUAACACCUCGUUGGUCGCAUUGGCUAAAUUUGGUGAGACACUAACUAUUUAUUGCACUGAACCAUUCAGGAUUCCUUUUGCCGGAAAAAUUGAUGUUUGUGCUUUCGAUAAAACUGGUACCUUAACUGGUGAAAAUCUUGAAGUUGAAGGAAUUGCUGGAAUACAUCCCGAAGAUUCAAAGAUUUUGGUAAAACCACCGGAUGCUUUACGGGAAUCAAUCCAAACUCUGGCUGCCGCACAUGCUUUAGUCAAAUUAGAUGAUGGCAUUGUCGGCGAUCCUAUGGAAAAAGCCACGUUGGAAGCGUUGGAUUGGAAACUUGGCAAAGGCGAUACUGUUAUUCCUGCGAAUCAACAAUCGCAACGUUUUCAACAAAGAUCACAAUUACAAAUUCGUCGCAGAUUUCAAUUUUCAUCCGCACUUAAGCGUAUGUCAAGUGUCUCGACAAUUCCAACAUCCCGUCUUAAAAAAACUUUUGUUGCGGUUAAAGGCGCACCCGAAACAUUGCGUAAUAUGUACGUUUAUGUACCUGACGACUAUGAAGAAACAUUCAAGUUUUUUAUGCGUAGAGGAAGUCGGGUUUUGGCUCUGGGAUACAAAUAUUUAAAAGAUAAUAUGAAUAUGGAUGAGAUUAAUGAAUUGUCACGAGAAUCUGUUGAAAGUGAAUUAACUUUUGCUGGAUUUCUUAUUUUUCAUUGUCCGCUCAAAGAUGAUGCUGUAUCUACUCUCGAGAUGCUGAAUGAGUCUUCUCAUAGGGUUAUUAUGAUCACUGGAGAUAAUCCUUUAACAGCGUGUCACGUAGCACGCGAAGUGAAAAUUCUCGAACGCGAUGUAUUAAUUCUUGAUCUUCGCGAAGAUGCCCAGAAUAAUAAUGAUCUUGUUUGGAAAUCAGUUGAUGAGAAAGUCAUUAUACCUGUCAAUCCUGCAGAACCAGUCGAUCUAUCAGUUUAUCGUGACUACGACCUAUGUAUAACAGGUGCAGCGCUAGCAUGUUAUGAAAACAAACCCUCUGUAAAAGAUCUACUAGUCCACACGUGGGUGUAUGCACGUGUUUCUCCAGGGCAAAAGGAAUUUAUAUUGACUGUCCUUAAGCAAGCUGGAUAUAUUACAUUGAUGUGUGGUGAUGGGACAAAUGAUGUUGGUGCUCUUAAGCAAGCUCAUGUCGGCGUUGCGCUUCUUGAUGGCAAACCCGAAGAUCUUAAGAAAAUUGCUGAACACCAACGAAUACAAAGACUUAAAGAUGUAUACGAAAGUCAAUUAAAAUUUACUUCGAGAUUUAACAUGCCACCUCCACCCCCGCCACCAGCAAUUGCACAUUUAUUCCCACAUAUUACACAACAACUUCAGCAACAAAAUAAUACGGGACAUGGUCAAAGACGACCUCCUCCUCAGAUGGAUCAACUCGCGGAACAUCUUUUACAAGACUUCGAUGAUGAACCACCGACCAUUAAGCUAGGAGAUGCAUCAGUAGCAGCGCCUUUUACAUCUAAGCUUUCAAAUGUGGUAGCAAUUGCAAAUAUUGUCCGUCAGGGUCGUUGUACAUUGGUUGCCACUAUUCAGAUGUACAAAAUUUUAGCUUUAAAUUGUUUAAUCUCUGCAUACAGUCUGAGCGUGUUAUAUUUGGAAGGAAUUAAAUAUGGCGAUUUGCAAGUUACUAUUUCUGGCAUGUUACUUGCCGUUUGUUUCCUUUGUAUUUCAAAAGCUAAGCCAUUAGAAAGGCUUGCCAAGCAACGACCACAAACAAACGUUUUCAAUUUUUAUAUUAUUCUAUCCAUUCUCGGUCAAUUCGCUAUUCACAUAGCAUCUCUUGUUUACAUAGUAGAUUUAGUAUUUCGUUAUGAAGAGAGGACAGCUGUCGACCUCGAAGGAGAUUUUAAACCAAGUCUAUUAAACACAGCAGUAUAUUUAAUAUCGUUAUCUAUGCAAGUUUCCACGUUUGCUAUUAAUUAUCAGGGACAUCCUUUCAGAGAAAGCCUGAAAGAAAAUACCGCAUUGUAUUAUGGCUUGCUAUCUGUAGGCGCAAUCGCCUUAUCUGGUGCUACCGAAUUUAUUCCCGAAAUGAAUUCUAUGCUGCAAUUGGUUCCACUCAAAUCUGAG